ACAUAAUAUUAAUAUAUUGGUAAUUGCUACUUAGCUUUGUAAACGUAUAGUAAUUAAAGUAGUACUAAGAAAGUACAUUAACAAUAUAUGUUAUUCAGUUUUCUUUUUUUAUUGUGUUUCAACACAUCUUAUAUGCAUUUAAAAUAAAGGCUACAUCAUGAUUGGGGUGAUUUUACUAAUGAUGACAUGGGUGAACCUCAGCCCAAUACCAUAUUUGGCUAGUAUUAUAGGAACUACUGUGCCAGCCCUCCAACUUCUAUUAUCAAUUUUAUGGGGUUAUCCACUGGCAAUAAUAUUUAAUAAAAAAUUAAGGGAGAAUACAGAGUAUAAAAAUAUUAUAUUUGCUUUAAUGGGUUUUGAUAUAGCAGUGUAUAACUUUGGACUCUCUUUUGCCCAUAACCUAGUACCAGUUGCUGUUAUUUAUUUAACGACAAAAUUACUAGGCCCAGGAAGGAACAAUGCUAUCAUAACACUUAUAUUUAACAUGGUUUAUUUGCUCAAUGGAUAUAUCCAAACUGAAUCAGAAGAUUAUGAUAUAACCUGGACUAUGCCACAUUGUGUGUUAACUUUGAAGGUGAUAGCUCUGUCCUUUGAUUUGUGGGAUGGGCAGAAAAAGAAAGAAGGUGUUGUAUUAUCUGCUAAUACUAGUAAAACAGCAGUUGAAAAUCUUCCUGAAAUUCUGGAUCUACUGGGCUUUAUAUAUUUCCCUGCCUGCUUUUUGGUUGGGCCAACAUUCUCAUUCCGACGUUAUCAAGAUUUCGUAAGAGAUGUAUACCCCAUUAAAAGUGAAGAGACACAGAUGGCAAGUCAAGCGAUGAAGCGGCUUUUACAAGGAUUAGGCUAUUUGAUUGCUUAUCAAGUGGGAGUUACAGUUUUCAAUAUGAAAUACAUGCUAUCAGAUGAAUUUGGAGAAACUUCUAUUGUGUACCGUCAUUUUUACUGCGGAAUGUGGGCACAUUUUGCUUUGUAUAAGUAUAUUUCCUGCUGGCUUCUUGCAGAAGCAUCAUGUAUUCGUUUUGGCCUCUCUUUCAAUGGUUAUGAGGAUACAGUAAAUGGUAAAGUUUCUCAAUGGGAUGCUUGUAAUAACAUAAUCCUUAUGGAAUUUGAAGGUGCAACAAAAUUCCAACACUAUAUCAACAGUUUCAACUGCAACACAAACUACUUUGCAUCUGAGUAUGUCUACAAAAGGCUCAAGUUCCUCGGCAACAGAUAUCUUAGCCAAUUUUUUACUCUUUUAUUCUUAGCGUUGUGGCAUGGAAUUAGAUCAGGUUAUUAUAUGACAUUCUUUAAUGAAUACAUUAUUAUAUACAUGGAAAAGGAGUUGGAAGCGCUACUUGUUCAAACCACUAUAUAUGAUAAGAUUUGGAAUUCCAGUGCUAAGUCCCUUGUAUAUGUAUUUCUGAAGUCAUACACUUUUGUGUUUAUGGGUUGGAGUUUAGCACCAUUUGAUCUCAAAAUAUUUUGGAAGUGGUGGCAUGUGUACAGCAGCUUAUAUUUCUCCGGAUUCUUGAUAUUCCUACCCUGGCCACUUGUUUACAAACCUCUCUUGAAAAAAGCAUUGAAAUCAUAUUCAAAGAAAGCCAAAGAAACUUAAUUAUAAUGCCGUGCUAUAAAAUAAUGGGUUAAGAUAAGAAAUUGGUUGUCAAAUAUUUAAAAAAAAGGUAAGAUUUAUUUUGUUAAAUUUAAUUGAAUUUUGGAAAUUACAAAGGUCUACAUGGCUUAUCAAUAUCAUGCAAACUUUAAUUUUAUUUUAUUACCUUGUGUAACAAUAAAAAAAGUCGUGCAAAUAUGUUUUAUUGUAUGAGUAAUUUUGUUUUAACAUUUACUUUUUAUGUGACGUUGACUUAUGACGUUGAUAAUAUAAUUUUUUUAUAUCAUAUGUAGCGAUUCAAAUGUAAAACUGUAUGAAUCGAGAUAAUUUGAAUUUGAAGAAAUCUACUAUUUUUUUGCCACAGUAUGUUUGUGUAUUUUCCUAAAAACAAUACACAGAGGUGGCUAUGUAUUAAUAUUAUUUUAUAUAAAACAUGGUGCUGUUUUUUUAUAAUAAAGAGUAUUAGGUAGGUGAUUUAACUUAUUAUAUUUCAAUUCGGCAUUUCCAUUGAAGAAACUUUAGUAAAAUAUUUGUUUUGUUUUAAAUAACUUACUCUUUUCAAUUUUAUUAUCUAAAAUACUAAAUUAGCUACUCUUUUUGAUAUAUUCGUAUCUAUUAUAUGAAAAGAGGAAAAAGUAACACAUAUAUAUUUAUAUAUAUGCUGCCUUAUGGACUUGUAAUUUCCAGUGUUCAUUUAUAUUUAGCUUACUAUCAUUUACAUAUUACAUUUCAAAAUACAAAUGAUUGAUUUGUUAACAUAUUUUUACAAUAAUAAUAUGUGUUCUUUCUUUAUUUGAAGCUUAAAAGAGCCAGCAAGGAUUUAUGUUAGUUUUUGGCAUAACCUUUAUAUAUUUUCCUCUGUGGAUAAUAUAAAGAUAUGUAACAUUAUAUACAGUGCCGGAACAGCAAGUGUAGCAAUUGCUACGGGCCCCGCGCAAAAGGGGGCCCCGCAUGUCCCACUCAUCUCUGUCUGAGCAUAAUUUUUUGAGAGAAACUUAUUAAGAUAUUGAAUUUCUUGAUGUGGCAAAAACGUGAAACGCUACAAAUUUUCCUACUGAGACAACCCACGUCAGACACUCGGUGACUGUUAAUUCCAGGACUCAUUGAAAGAAUUUCCUACGGGCCCCGCGUAAGCUUAAUCUGUUACUGAUUGUAUAGAUGUGUAUAAACUGGCGAUAAUUUAUAUUAUCACUGCUGCAUUGAAAUUUAAAAAAACUUGUUAAAAUCAUAAAUAAUGUUUAAUCUUAAGUAUAAUUGAUAUAUAAUAAUACAAAAGCAGUAUAGGUAUUAUAUGAACGCAGUAAGAUGUUAAACAUUUAACAAAGUCAAAAUUGUCUUUGUAGUUUUGAGAAUAUUAUAAAUAUAUAUUAGUAAAUGACUGUAUACUUUAUGAUAUUUCUGUAGUACCAUAAUAAUGAAUUCUUAUAAAUAAUCUUAGUUCACUGAUGGGUAUAACUGAUCUUACUUGAUGUCACAUUGUGUUAGAACAUACCCACAAUUAUGAUGUUAUUGGUAGACUGUCAAUGAACUUGUAACUACAUAAUUAUUUAAGUUAAUAGGGUAUUUGACUAUCAAUCUCACAAGACUAUUUUAACUAAUAUUUGAUUUGGUUGAUUGUGUUUAAGUAACAUAUAUAUCUUAUUAUUAUUAGAUUCUGUACAGAGACUAACUAAAAUUCUAAAGACAUUCGACUGUAAUGGGAUGCCUCUAAACCGUCACAAUCCAGGCAGAGGAUAUACCCUACUUGAACCCAUUCAAUUCUCCACCUCUUAGGCCCAGUAUCCACUAUGGCGGAGAGGAGAGGAGACGAGAGCAGAUAAGACACGAAGCUGUCAGGUUAUAUCUACCAAAGCGGAGAGGAGAUGUGAGCUGUGCAUAACAGAGAUAUGCGCUGUGUAAAAUCGAAAUCAGUAAAGUGAUGUCUAUGAAAGAAAAAUAUCAUAACGCCCGCUUACUCGCAUCUCCGUUCUGCCGCACCAUUUGAUUGUUGGACGCGGUAUAAAAUUCCAUAGAAAAAUGAGACAUCUCUCCUCGCCGAUCCAUUUAAACCGAAUCUAAGCGGAGAGGAGAAGUAAAAAUAUCGAAACCUGAUUGGCUAUCACCAUACAUCUCCUCUCCUCUCCGCUUUAGUGGAUACCGGGCCUUAUAGGUCAAGAGGCCAUACUUCAUAUUUAAUUUCUUGAUAUUUACAAUAUGAUUGCUAGAAUAGUCAAAUACUCCAAUUAUUACUGCAUAAUUUAUUAAGGAAUAAGGUGUUGUGCUUAUAAAACUGUUGUGGCUGUUAAUUGUGCCCAAAUAGUCAAUUGCGGGAUGUGAUUUUGACUAGCUAUAGAUUAGAUGAUUUUUAGUAACCUUUGAGGUCUUUGUCGCACAUACUGUAAUUAUUAGAUAGAAGCUAAUUAUGUAGUUAACAUAUUUUUAAAGUAAUGUACCCAAAUACCAACCGAGACACAAUCCGUUCUUUUCUUCUAAUUGGUACGCCAUAAUUUCCAACAGGCUCACUUAGAAUAUUGUGAUUCAUCCAUGACUUCUGGUGUUGUGGUAUUUUUUUAUAUACCUGGUGCCCCAGAACAGGUGGAAAAAGGGCAAAUGAGAAUUACCUUGGUCUAUGAGUUUUCAGAUAAACAAAAAAAGUUAUGUAACAGUUCGGCAGUUAUUGAGCUUAUUUGAAAUAUUGGAAAAGUUAUACCCCACUUUCGUUGUAUGAUGUAUCUCAUUCAAGAUCGCGUUUCUUUUUCUCGGUUUGUUUGUGUUUGUCUGCACUAGAUCUCUGUAAACUCAUUCUUAUGUAUAAAUAUGUUUUAUCGAAUUUACAGUACUUUAUUUCUUAAUUUUCCAUUUGCAUAUUUUUUUUUAAAUAUGCUUAUUUUAAUGCUCCAAAUACCAAACCCAUUCCCAUUUGCCACUGUCCCACCUAUUCUGGGAAACCUAGGAUAAGGGAGGCAAACGGGCGAGAGGUUCUACUACCUCAAGUGAUGGUAGGUAGUGAGGCCUAUGGACAUCCACAACACUAGAGGUCAGAUGCGUCUGAGUGCGAUCAAACCUUCGCUGUAUGGUGUGUGUAGUUUUCUUGGUGUUUUCAAGUUGGUUGAUGGGCAAGCAAAGUUAAUAUUAUGACUUUGUCUGCAACGGUAUCUUUAAAAUUGUAUUCUGAUACUUAGGGGGCGUCUACACUAUGUCACUAUUAGUUUAUUUUCGUAUUGUAUUGAAUUGACCUUAAAUUAAUUGUUUUGUAUGCAUAUUGCUUUCGAUAACAUUGUAAGUAUACUAUAAUUAUUUAAGUUUAUUAUUGCUGUAUUUUUUUUUAUAAUUAAAGUUAAAUUGGACAUAAUUUUGCAUCUAUAGAUGGUUUUCGGCUAGGGCUGACUUAGAAAGGAGGACUGAAUUGUUUGACGGAAUUCCAAAACUAUAUGAAAUACUUCCGACAGAAUAGUUAAACAAAUGGAUCCGUAACCUAAGUAUGUAGGUAAUUGGACAAUAAAUAAAAGGUCAUUGAAUAAAAUAUAUGAAAUUUGCGGCCUUAGUUCUAUUAGAAAUUUAUUUACGGUAUUUGUUUUCAGCACACACAGUACACAAAUAGUUAAAAAAUCGAUAAAAGAAUUAUUGUGAUCACGUUUGUAUGUUGCAGAUUAUGCAUAAAAUCUGGGGCGUGAACAGCGCCCUUUAAGUUAGACAUAAGAAAUUAAGAUGUUUUAAAUAGACGAUUUGGUGUUGACAUGUAUACAUAAAUAUUAAAAAAACGAAUAAAGUAGUUACAAAUAAA